CACAGCGCGCAACUGGACGUACAUUCGCAUCAUCUUGGCAAUGGCAUCAGCUCACUGGCCAAGCGACUGACUCGCGUUUGCCACUUCUGACCAUUUUGGCCCUGUGUUUGUGUGGGCCCAAUCAGUAUCAGUAAUCAGUGUCCGUGUGCGGCGUUGGUGGUAGUGGUGUCUGUGUGUGUGUGUGUGCUGGCCAACUUUAAACGCUCUUAUCAGCGCGCGUGUGAAGCAUGAGCUUGGUGCAAACAAAGUUUUGGCGGCAUUUUCAAUUAAUGCCAAUGCCAGCAAAAGGCAGCGAAAAAUUCACAAAAAAUACCAGAGAAUAAAGAAAAAUUGAUUUCAACGCGAUAAAUAAAAACUUUUAAAUAUACAAUGCAGACACCAGAAGGCAAUCGGAUGUGAAAUUUACGUCAAGGAUAUGAAAAUAGCCAUCAAAUGGGCCAUAAACACACGACAGCAAACGGAAGAGCUUAAAUAAACCAAAAUGAGUACAAAACAUCAGUAGCAGCAAAGCCAAGUCGGCAACAAUCAACAGAACAAAAGCAACACUGCCACACAGAGAAAUCUAAAGAAAACAUAAAAAAAGAGCACAAAUAAGAGGAAGUCGGAAAGAAAAGUGAAAGCCAAAAGCCGAAAUUGUAAACGCUCCAUGUAAACACUUGAAAGCUCGUUAGGAUAAUACAUCCUGCCCGCCACCGAGCACACGCUGGAACAAAAAAGGACCACCGAGGAGAAAGUGGGGAAAGUGCGGCAAAUAGGGAAAGCAGGGAAAGUAGGGAAAGUGUCACCAUGUCCCGUCCCGCGUGUCUGAGUGGCCGCCAGCUGAAACAACGGCACCAUCCCAAAGGCCCACCCACCCACACAGACACACACAUGCGCCAGGAGGCCAUUGCCAUUGCUGUUGCCGUUACCGUUACCGUUGCCGUUGCAUAGUCGCGCUUCCGUUUCCGUCUACUCCUCAUUUCCGCUGCGGCUGCAAUUAAGCGAAGCGAAGCAUCCCAAAAAACACACCGAGUAUCCACAAAAUGUCGCACGAGACCAGCUUUAAUGAUGCGCUUGACUACAUUUACAUAGCGAACAGCAUGAAUGACAGGGCCUUUCUGAUAGCCGAACCGCAUCCCGAACAGCCGAAUGUCGAUGGUCAGGACCAGGACGACGCGGAGCUGGAGGAACUGGAAGACAUGGCGGUCACGGACGAUGGACCGAUGGAGGACACCAACAACAACAUCAACAGCAAACGCUACUACAGCUCCGGCAAGAGACGAGCGGAUUUCAUAGGCUCCCUGGCGCUGAAGCCACCGCCCACCGAUGCGAACACCACCACCACCACCGCCGGCUCACCACUGGCCACCGCAGCUUUGGCAGCGGCAGCCGCCAGUGCCUCGGUGGCGGCAGCGGCUGCCAGGAUCACCGCUAAGGCGGCACACAGAGCACUGACCACCAAGCAGGAUGCUACAUCCUCGCAAGCAUCCUCUCCAGCCCUCCAACUGAUCGACAUGGACAAUAACUACACGAAUGUCGCAGUCGGACUGGGCGCCAUGCUGCUAAACGACACGCUCCUUCUCGAAGGCAACGAUUCCAGUUUGUUCGGCGAGAUGCUUGCCAACCGGAGUGGCCACCUGGAUCUGAUCAACGGCACUGCCGGCCUCAAUGUGACCACCAGCAAAGUGGCCGAGGACGACUUCACGCAGCUGCUGCGAAUGGCCGUCACAUCGGUGCUGCUGGGUCUAAUGAUCCUGGUCACCAUAAUUGGCAAUGUCUUUGUCAUAGCGGCCAUUAUCCUGGAGCGGAAUCUGCAAAACGUGGCCAACUACCUGGUGGCCUCAUUGGCCGUCGCCGAUCUCUUCGUGGCCUGUCUAGUAAUGCCCCUAGGAGCUGUAUACGAGAUCAGCCAAGGCUGGAUACUCGGUCCGGAAUUGUGCGAUAUAUGGACGUCGUGCGAUGUCCUCUGCUGCACUGCCUCGAUUUUGCAUCUGGUGGCCAUUGCCGUGGAUCGCUACUGGGCGGUCACCAAUAUAGAUUACAUCCACUCGCGGACCAGCAAUCGUGUCUUCAUGAUGAUCUUUUGCGUUUGGACGGCGGCGGUGAUUGUGUCAUUGGCGCCACAGUUCGGUUGGAAGGAUCCCGACUAUCUGCAGCGCAUCGAGCAGCAAAAGUGCAUGGUCUCGCAGGAUGUUUCCUAUCAGGUAUUUGCCACCUGUUGCACAUUUUACGUGCCACUGCUGGUCAUCCUGGCGUUGUACUGGAAAAUCUAUCAAACGGCCCGCAAACGCAUCCAUCGUCGGCGACCGCGACCCGUCGAUGCGGCGGUCAAUAAUAAUCAGCCGGACGGAGGUGCGGCAACAGAUACGAAACUUAAUCGACUGCGUCUACGCCUCGGCAGAUUCUCCACGGCCAAAUCCAAAACCGGAAGUGCCGGGGUCGUCUCAGGACCCGCAUCCGGGGGCAGGGCUCUGGGCCUCGUCGAUGGCAACUCAACGAACACGGUCAACACCGUCGAGGACACCGAGUUCAGCAGCUCGAAUGUGGACAGCAAAAGUCGGGCAGGCGUCGAGGCACCAAGCACUUCUGGCAACCAGAUAACCACCGUAUCGCACCUAGUUGCGCUGGCCAAGCAGCAGGGCAAGUCCACGGCCAAAUCCUCAGCCGCUGUCAAUGGGAUGACCCCAUCGGGCAGACAAGAGGACGACGGCCAGCGACCAGAACACGGGGAGCAGGAGGAUCGCGAGGAGCCGGAGGACGAGGACGAGCAGGUUGACCCGCAGCCCACAACCGCAACAUCAGCAACGACAGCGGCAGGCGCCAACGAGGCGGAGGACCAAUGUAAAGCUAACGGGGUGGAGGUCCUCGAGGAUCCGCAGUUGCAACAGCAGCUCGAACAAGUGCAGCAGCUGCAGAAAUCAGUUAAAUCCGGCGGUGGAGGUGGGGCCAGUACGUCAAAUGCCACCACAAUUACGUCGAUAUCAGCGCUAUCGCCACAAACGCCAACAUCGCAGGGAGUUGGAAUCGCCACCGCCGCCGCUGGACCGAUGACGGCCAAAACCAGCACGUUGACGAGCUGCAACCAGUCGCAUCCGCUGUGCGGCACCGCCAACGAAUCCCCAUCGACCCCAGAGCCACGUAGCCGACAGCCGGCGACCCCGCAGCAGCAGCCGCAUCAGCAGGCGCAGCAGCUGCAGCAGCAGCAACUCUCCAGCAUCGCCAAUCCGAUGCAGAAGGUGAACAAGCGGAAGGAGACCCUGGAGGCCAAAAGGGAACGGAAGGCGGCCAAGACGCUGGCCAUCAUCACCGGCGCCUUCGUCGUCUGCUGGCUGCCCUUCUUCGUCAUGGCCCUGACCAUGCCCCUCUGUGCCGCCUGCCAGAUCAGCGAUUCCGUGGCCUCGCUCUUCCUCUGGCUGGGCUACUUCAACUCCACCCUCAAUCCGGUUAUCUACACCAUCUUCAGUCCGGAGUUCCGACAGGCCUUCAAGCGCAUCCUCUUCGGCGGCCACCGACCAGUCCACUACCGCAGCGGGAAGCUCUAGAUAGUGCAUGCGAAGAGGCGAAGACGCUUCUGCUAAACCGACCAGCGGAUGUUGAUCUAACCUCUUCGGCUAUAACCAGGAUAACGAGGAUUAACGCAUCUUGUAUACCAA